AUGGGACACGGGGGCGUGGGGGGGGGCUUGAGUGGGGACAAGGGGAUAAGGGACAGAGAGCAGAGCCCAGCAGGGACGCGUAGGGGCCCUGGGCACGCCCAGGCCGGGCAGGGAGGGGCACAGGAGUGUGCCCAGCGCCGGUGCCACCUGCCCUGCCCCCGCAGCAUCCCAGGCUCUGCCGUCUGCGCCUUCUACCUGGCAGAGCUGGAGAAGGCCUUCGAGGGCUCCUUCGCCGAGCCCCGCGGUGCCACCUGGGCACCCGUGCCCGAGGACAGGGUGCCCCGACCCAGGCCAGGCUGCUGUGCCGGGCUGGGCCCUGCCGCUGGCAUCGCCACCUCCGGGGACUUCCCCGACGAGACGUUGGCCUUUGCCAAGGAGCAUCCCCUGCUGCACGGCGCUGUGCCACCUGCCGGCGGGCACCCGCUCUUCACCCGCACCGGGCCCAGGCUGACGCAGCUGGCAGUGGAUGUGGGCGCAGGGCCCUGGGGCAACCAGACAGUGCUGUUCCUGGGCACCGAGGACGGGAGGCUGCUGAAGGUCCUGGUGGGCACAUGGCACCCCGGGGCUGCCCAGCACCCCACUGGCACCCCAGCACCCCCUGACAGCCAGGAGCAGGGUGCCAAAGGGGAUGCCAGCUCUGAGACACUGCUGCUGGAGGAGAUCAGCCUCUAUGAGCCUGGGCGGUGCCAGGGGCAGCAGGGUGCCAGCAGGGUGCUGGGGCUGGAGCUGCACCUGCCAGGCCAGGAGCUCUUCGUGGCCUUCUCUGGCUGCCUGCUGAGGCUGCCCCUCAGCCGCUGUGCCCAGCACGGGGCCUGCCGUGGGAGCUGCUUGGCCACUCGGGACCCCUACUGCGUCUGGCUGCCCCCCCGCGGCUGUGUGCCCUUCUCCCGGGACCUGCCGAGUGGCUUCGAGCAGGACCUGGAGGGAUCCUCUGGCAGCGCUGGGACCUGCCAAGGGGCUGCUGGGGACAGCGACGGGGACCUGGCACAUGGCGUGCGGCAGCCCGGGCCGGGCGCGGCGGCGCUGGUACCGGUGCCGGUGCUCGCCGGUUGCAUGCUCGGAGCCUUCGCCUCGGGGGCGCUGGCCGCGGCGCUGCUCUCCGCCUGCUGCCGCCGACCCCCCCCCCCGCCGAAGACGCCCCCGGAGCCCCCCACCACCGCCACCGCCUCCGCCACCGCCGCCGCCGCCGCCCCCCCGACCCCCGCCCAGCCGCCGGCUCCUCGCCUCUAUCCGCUGCUGCCCCCCCGGGACCCCCUCCCCGAGCUGCCCACCCCCGAGCCCACCCCGCAGCCCCCCGCCAAGGCGCCCCGGGAGCGGCUGGCGGAGCCUCGGCGCGGCCGAGCGCCCCCCCCGGGUACCCCUUCGUGCCCGGAGCCCCCCGGCCCGGGACCCCCACCCAAAGCCACCCUGGAGGAGCGACAGCAGCGAGGGUACGGCCCCGGGGGCUCGGCUUGGGCGGGGGCCUGCGGGCGGUCCGCGACCCCCCCGGGCGGGGGUUCCUUCGCCAACCGGGUGCGGCCAGGGGGGCUCUCGGCCAGCCUGCCCCCGGGGCCCCGGGACGCCGCCCCCCGACGCCUGGAUGUGCCCCCCGACAGCCCCCCCCCGCCCCGCCGGCCCCUGGCACAGAGGCACUCGCUGGGGGGGACCCCGGCCCGGCCCCCAGGGCUGCCCCGGGGGCUCACUCGCAUGCACUCGCUGGGCACCGCCGGGGGCACCGCCGCGGGCACCGCCUGGGCGCUGGAGCGCUCCUGCUCCGCCAAGCCCCCGCUGCUGCCCAAGCCCUCGCUGCUGCCAGCGGCCCCCGGGCGGCCCUGAGCCCCCUCCCCUUGCCCAGGAGGUGCCCACGGGACCCUCUCGGGCCAUUGCCUGCCCUGGGGCGACCCUGUCCUGAGCCAGGAAGGGCAGCGGGAGCCCAAGCUGGCACAUCCUGGGGCACUGAGGGUGCCCGUGGCCCUUGCCAGGGUGGCAGCAUCCACACAGCCCCCAGCCCAGCGUGAGGAGGGUCCCCAGGCUGGCACACAGUGGGCUGAGAAGGGUCCCCACGGCCCCCACUUAACCCACACUGGGCUGAGGAGGGUCCCCACGGCCCCAAAUCUGCCCCCCAGGGUGGCAGAAUCCCCUCCCCAUGGUGCCAGGCUGCCCACAGCCCGGGCUGAGGGGGGGGUCCCUGUGCCCACAGCUCCCAGGGGGUAGUUGGUUUGUUUUUAAUCCCUUCUAAUUUAUUUACCCCUCGGGGAGCCUUCUGCAGCUGCCCCUCCCCCACCCCAGCCACACCCCCAGCCACACCCCUCCUGCCACUCCCACACACACCCCUCCCUUGUAGCUGCUGCCCACAGCCCCUUGGGGACAGCUGGCAGGGUGUGGGGCAGGGCAGUGCCAUCCCUGUGCCAGGGCUCACUUGGCCCUACCGUGUAGGACCUGAGCUUGGUGAUUAAAGACGUUGGUGGCUCCCA